GUGUUUCAUCAACCAACAUGGGGGACAAUAAGCUCUGUCUUUUUAUGCUUUUGAACAUCUUUGCUUUGUCCAAGGCUGAAAAUGGAGAAGCACCAUGCUUAAUGGUCAAAAGAUACAAGCUCUUCCACAAGUAUGAAUACCUCUAUGAAGCAGAGUCCUUAAAUGCUUUGAAUGGGGCAGUCAAUGGCCCGAAGUUCAGCUGCAAGGUUGAGAUAGAAGUACCUGGUACAUGCAGAUACAUUAUGCACACCACUGACUGCACACUAAGCGAAGUGACUGAUGUUGACGCCAAUCGAAACCCUGUGUUUGGGCCAGCAGUUGAUGCUGAGAAAUUCAAAGCUGAAAUGAAGAGGCAUACUCUGAAGUUUACCAUUGAGGGAGACAAUGAGAUCAAGCUCUUCCCUGAACAAAAUGAGUUAAUUAACAUUCUCAACAUCAAGAGAGGAAUCGUCUCUGCCCUUGCUGUCCCUCUGCUAGAGGAGGAGAAGAACAAAGACAUGCCCACCAUCUAUGGUCUGUGCAAGACUGACUACAUUGUAAACACAAGACAGGACAUUCCUACUGACAUCACCCUCAAACGAGACCUGUCCAGAUGUGACAAGUUCAGACCGGUGAAGGACCACACCAGUCCCCUGGCCCUUAUUUCUGGCAUGCACUAUCCUCUGGCUCAUCUGAUCAGGAGCACCCAGACCUGCAACUACAAAUUUGACAAUGAGAAGCACCAUAUGACCUCUGGUGCUUGCACUGAGAAACAUGUUCUUGUGCCCUUCUCUCACAAGAAAGAGUCUGGAGUGACCAAUAUUGGCAAACAGAAACUGAACCUUUUGGGAGUUACUGAGAACAGCAACAGAGUCUUUUACCACAAAGUGGCCAACAUGAAACCCUUGCAUGUAGAUAGCAGUGUGGACAUGAGCCCUAUUCAGGAUAAAGAUGUCGCUCUUGAUGUUCUGAAGGAACUUGCUCACCUUUCCAAGACCACCAAUGGACAUAAGAGAGCUCACUUGGCCCACAAGCUUGUGUCCGUGAUCCGCAAGAUGAAUGCUGAGACCCUGACUGCUGCCGUUCCUGAAGCCCUGGAGAUCUCUCGCUCUUUGACUUACCAGGUCUUGCUACAGUGUGGUACCCCAGAGUGCAACAGUGUUAUCAUGCAGAUUUACAGGACCUUUGACAAGUCCUCAGUAGAAAUUGAUGCUGUUGUAUAUGCCAUGGGAAUGGUUCCCCAUCCCUCUCGUGUCCUUGUAAAGGAAAUGUUGGAGAUGGCACAGUACAAGCCAAGCAAGCCCAUCUACUACGCUGUCAGCAAUGCUGUGCGAAGACUCUACGAGGCUGAAGGACUCUCUCGUGAGAUCCAGGCAGUGGCUGAUUAUGCCAUUGAGCAGAUGGGUGAUUGCACAGGUGACCAGGAGCACAUCUUUCUGUCCCUGAGGGUCAUUGGAAACAUGGGAGCUGCAAUGGGAGCUGCAAGCCCUUCUUUGAAGUCUGCUGUUAUUGAGUGCAUAAACCAACCGGCUGCAUCCCCUGAAGUCCAGCAGGCGGCCAUCCAGGUCUUCAGACAGACUUCUGUACCUGAGGAGGGCAGAAAGGUGCUCCUGCAUGUUGUUCUGGACAGAGCUGCACCCAUACAGAAACGUGUUGCUGCCUAUCUCAUCUUGAUGAAGAACCCAGAGUCUGCUGAACUUGCUCAGUUGGCAACUGCUCUCCAUGCCGAAGAAAAUCUUCAGGCCAAGAGCUUUUUCAUUUCACAUAUCACCAACAUCUUGAGCUUCACAACACCAGAGACCCUGGAAUUUAGGCAGAAGGUUGCAGAGGCCUUUGUUGACAAUAAUAUUGGAACUGUCAUGGAUCCCACACAAUUCUCUCGCAACUAUAGAUUUGGAUCCCUUGAAGGAAACAUGAUCAUUGAGUCUCCAAAUGAACUGCCCAGGGAGGUCAUGCUGGAAAUGGCCUUAACAGCUUUUGGGUUUGAUAUGGACUUUGUUGAGAUUGGUCUGGAGGGUAAAGGGUUUGAGCCCUUUGUUGAGGCCCUCUUUGGUGAUAAUGGAUUCUUCCCAGAUACCGUGAUGAAGACCAUUUUCUAUGCUGCAGACAAGAUGCCCCAGCAGCUCAAUGGGCUUUUGAAAAACGUGCUUCCGAUCUUGAGAAAUGACAGGAAGAAGAGACAGGCAACUCAAAGCAUUGUCAGAGAAAUCAGCCAUAAUGUCAACAAACUCUUUAGAGACUUAAAGGCCCAGGAUGCCCCUGAAGCUAUGGUGUACCUCAGACUUUUGGGUGCUGAACUUGGCUAUCUUAAAACAAAGGAUAUGGAAGACAUGGUUUAUUCUGCUGGCAAGAUGAUUGACAAUCUACUGAAGAUGAUCCACACUGAUUUCAUCAGGAGCCUAUACUCCAGUGCAGACAAUGAGCUUUUCCUUCACUACAUCUUCAUGGAUAAUGAGUUCUUUCUGCCCACCAGUCCUGGUUUUCCACUGAGGGUUGCUCUGUCUGGAACAUUCACUCCUGGAAUCAAAGGAGGGCUGAACUUUAAUCCAUUCACGAGUGAAUUUGCUUUCAUGCCGUCUGCUGGCAUUGAGAUUGUGACCGAGGUUGGAGCUCACUUCCCUGACUAUGUUCACUCUGGCCUGGAGAUGCACACUAACAUCUAUCAUGAGAGUGGCCUCAGAGCAAAGGUCUCUAUAUGCAAAAACCAGGUCACGCUCACCAUUCCUGCUCCUCAAGGCCCAACUAAGCUCAUCAGUGUGACCAAUUCUUUGGUUUCUGCUGUUGGUACUAAGACAAAGAUCAUUCCUGCCAUGGGGGAGCAUACUGACGAAGAGGAAUGUAAUCGUUUUGUUCCUGGACUGAAGUACUGUUCUGUCCUGCAGUAUUCUGAUGCUAUGUCCAAUGAUAAUGCCCCCUAUUUCCCUCUCACUGGUGACAGCAAAUUUGCUAUUGAGCUGCACCCCACUGGAGAGGUCACAGAGUAUUCUACCACCAUCAACUAUAUCUUUGAGGAUGAUGGAGAUAAAGGCACAUUUAGAGUAGAGGUUGAAGAGAUCUUCAUUCCUGAGAGUAUGUCACUGUCUGUACCUACUUUUGGGAUAGUGUCUGGAAAAAUAAGCAGCAACUUCUACAACCUAGAAGCAGCUGUGUCUGCUGGCAGAGAUGCUGUUGCACACCCAAGCUAUUCGGCUAAGGUUAAAGUCAAUGGAACAAGUUCUGUUGACCUCUUCUCCAUAAAGUUUGAAGGAUCUGCUCUAGUUGAGGCCAAACCUGAUAAUUCUUUCAAGGCUAAUGCAAAAACAGAAGUCAUCCACAGGCUUUUUAAUGCCAGCAUCAGUGUUGAAGAAGAAGUAAAAAUAGCUGAAAACGUCAGUGUGAAAUCCAACAGCAAGCUUGACGUAACUAGCCCCGUUGGAGUGCAGAUGUCUCUGGAGCACAUUGGAAAAGUUGGAGCAAAUGCUGACGAGAUCUCUGGAGAUUCAAACCUGGAGGGAUCCUUCAAGGCAGGUCAAGUGCAUGGUUCUGUAGCUCUCGUACAGACAGUCUCACUCUUCCCAUUCAAACCAGAGGCAAAGAUUGAUUCUUCACUGAAAAUAGAUUUGGCACCUCUUCGAGCUCAGAAUAUCAUUGCUGCAGCCUUUGCCAAUGGGGAACUGUCCAUUCUGUCCAAAACAGCAGCAUUUGAAGACCUUCUCACAAACAUUGCUGAGAUGACUUUCAAGGAAUCCCAGCUUACUCUAAGAUCAGACACAAAAGCAUUAGCUUCUGGUCUGAAUAUCAAAAACACAGCUGAGGCAAGAGCUGAAGUUAGAGCAGUCAACAUUAAGAUUGAGACUUCUGCUGACCUCUUUUCAGAACGAAUCCACUCGCUUAUCACUGGAGCACUGGACAUCAGUGGUCUGAAUAUUCACAGUGAUGCCUCUGCUUAUUUAACUGGACACAAAGCUGCCCAUAAUGCCAAUCUGACCCUCAACCAGGAUGGCCUGGCCACAAGUGGGACAACCUCACUGCAAAGCCUCUUUACUCAUGAGGAGCUCAAGCACACCUAUAAGAUCAGCUAUAAAAGUCUUACGGCCACUGCUCAUUGCAGGACUGAUGGAUAUAUGAAGGGAACCCGCAUAAGACACAACACUAAAAUGGAGAUUGCAGGACUCGCUGUCAUAUUUAUUCAUGAUGCCCAUUUGAUCUCCGAGACUUUUGGCUUUGACUCCACCAUUCGUGGUACAGGUGUUCCAUUCAGAUUUCAUUUUGAUGCCAUUACUAAUGCUAAUGGUGUAAUAUACCUGUAUGGAAGACAGGAAGCCAAGAUUCACACAAAGUUCCUCCUGAAAGCACAGCCACUUGCUAUUGCUCACACUCAUGAUUGCAAGGUCUCAACCACCCAUAAACUAGACAAUGGUGUCUACAUUGAAACAAACCUUAACAACAAGGCUGACACUCUGCUGACACCCUUUGAACAAACGACUACAGUGAUUGUUAAAUCUAAAGUGAACAACCAUGCAAUGAACCAGGAAAUCAAUGCUUACAGUACUCCUGAGAGGCUUGGAUUAGUAGUUUCUGGAACAGUGCUCACCAAUCUCUUCAACAAUGCUAAUGCUGAUAAUCAGGACUUUUCAGUCUCUGGCUUCCUCAAGUAUGACAAAAAUAGUGAUGGCCAUGUAAUCAACCUGCCUGUCAUUGACAAUUUGCCUGCAGUUUUUGAUAACAUCAGAUCAACACUUGUGAGCAUGGGCGAGGCCAUGAGGAAUUACAUCAACAGAGAGGAGAUUGCUGCCAAUCUUCAGAAUUUACCCCAGUAUGUUAAUAACCUUAUUACUGAAAUGGAUUUUAAGGGAAGAGUUGUCCAGCUCAAAGAUAGUUUUUUGGCAGCUUUGAAAUCUGAGGUUGAUAAAAAGAUAGAAGCAGUUCAGGAUGCAGUCGUGGAGCUUAUCAAACAAUUCCAACUUGAUGAAAAAGUUAACAUUUGGACCUCCCAUUUAAAAUCCAUUCAGGUCUGUGUCUCACAGUUUUUGGAUGAUACUGUCACUUAUCUGAGGAUGAAACAUUUCGAACAGGUUAUUGAGGACCUGAACGAGAUCUCCCUUUCCACCACCAAGUUCAGUGCUGAGCACAUGCUUGACAUUCCUCUUCAGAUUCCACAAAUCAAAUUCCCUGCAAUCCCCAAAGCCCUUGUAGUGCCAUACUUUGGAAAGCUCUAUAGUGAGGUCCGAGUCAGCAGCCCUGUCUACAGUUUCAGAACCUCUGCAGAGUUCCGGAAAGCCUCAGAGGAACACUCUCUGUUCACAUGUUUCCUUACCUCUCAAGGAGCCUCAGCAAACAAUGCCAAUAUAAACUACAAUCUAGAUUCUAAAGUACAGAUAUAUAUCCCUAAGUUGUCCAAUGUUACAGUUUCUGAAACUUUCAAUUUAACACACACUGGUAUGACUUUGAACCAACAGGCUUCAUUGGCUCUGAAAGCAUUUGCCUCUGAAGCCUCUGCAGAGCGAAUACCUACAAACAAUCCUACUCACUCUAGCAUGAAGGAUGGGAUCUCUUUCUCUCUUGAAACAUCUUACAACCACCAGCUGAGCAUCCCUUUGCUCUCCCUGACUAGUGAAGCCACCUUGACUCAAAAGGCUGUAGCCCGCAAGGGUACAACCAUCACCAUCACAGUUGCAAAUGAAGGCACUGGCAAAUUUGCUCUACCUGACUUCUCUGAUGAAGGCACCCAUAAGAGUGACCUGCAAUUCGACAUGGACCUUAGCACUGCCAGGCUGACUCUCACUGGUCACACUGACAGUGAUCUUCUGAAGAUGAAGAUGACAGUAAAUGCUGAUGCUGUUGUUCUAAGCCACCUCGAAUUCAGUGCUCGUGUUGAAAACGAGUCUCCAUUCAUCAAGAACAGUUUGGUGGUUGCAUCUGGAAAGGCUCACUUGGGUGACAUGAAAGUAGAAGUCAAAGCAGCCCAUGAUGCAGAGUUUGUUGGAGCUGUCAGUGGUUCCCUCUCUAAUACAGUUAACAUCAUGGCUCAUCCUAGUGAGGUAGUUAUUGACUUUCAGAACAAGGGUAAUACCAAGAUCAGCCUCUAUGAAGCGCUGUCAGCCGAAAUUGACCUCCAGAAUGACAAUGCUGUUACCCUCAACACUGAUAUACAACAGAUCAGUACAGUGGCACUUGCCCGUUUCAACCAAUACAAAUAUAGUCAUAACUUUACAUUAGUCAAUAACAAAGCUGAAACAGGCAUUUACGCUGUUGUCAAUGGUGAGGCCAACCUGGAAACCUCGAAUGUUCUAGAAACUUUUGUGCCAGCCCUUAAUGUAGUAAAAGACCUGAUCUCAUACAGUCAUACUGACCUAUGGCAUGUCUUGACCAACACUGACCAGGCCAUUGAUCUAGAUGCCAAACUUGUCUACCAGAAGAGAGUUGCUCUUGUUACUGAUAUGGGCUUCAUCAUUGUUCCUUCAUUAGGCAACUUGAUCUCUAAGGUGUCUUUCAAGUCCUCUAUUCUCACCCUAAAUUCUAACGCUGGCAUUUAUCAGGAGGAUAACUUUGUGAUGUGUGUUAGUGCCACAACGGCCUCAGUGUUUGAGGAAUUGAAGGCCAAACUUAACGCAUCCACUACCCUAACCACCACUGAAAGUGGACUGAAACUGGCCAAUGCUCUCUCUCUGGAGAAUGCCCAUGUUGCUGGUACUCAUGAGAGCACUGUGACUCUGGAGAUAGAUAACUAUGAGGCUGUAUUGUCCAUGGACACAGAUGCUAAUAUUAAUCUUCUAAACCUCACUUUCGAAGCCACUCACCAACUUUCUGCUGACAACAAGGCCAUUCCAAAGGCAGUGUCAGCCUUGAAGGUCAAGUACGCCUUCGAUCGUCCAGACUCAAAGGCAGUUGGACAUGGAGAUUUUGAGAAUACCUUGAAACUGGAGGCAACUCUUUUCCUUAUCUCCAUUGAGCUUGCUACAAAUGUAACCACUGAUAAUAAUAUCUCUAAUGCUUCGGUUCAGGUAACUCUGGAAAAUUAUGCUACCAUCUAUGUAAAAUCUGAUGGUCUGCAAUCCACUGUGAAGACCACUGGGAAUGGCAAAAUUGAUCAUGCAUAUAGCAAUUUGGGGUUUGACAUUAAUGACCGCCUGACCUUGGAAGGAAAUCUUAUACGUGUGCAUUCUGUGCUAGAACGUGAUACAAGCUGUGAUAUCAGCCUCCACCAAGAUUUUAACAUAAAAAUGAACCAUACAGCUCUGGCUAAAAUGGAUCUCAUUCCCCUGACCUCCCUCAUGGCUGCUGUAGAUAUGUACUUGUCUCAUCCAAGUUACAAUGAUUUUGAUGAAAGAGAUGAGGAAUUUAUUUUCUCGAGAGACAGUGUUAAACUAAAAUCAAAGACUUUCUCUCCUUGGUACAAUUCAAGUACAGUGUUAUCAGCAGAUGCUUUUGGAGAAUAUCAUAAAUUAAACUUUGAUUUAGAGGGCUCUUACAAUCUCACUUCUCCAUCAGCACUUCUGGAGUAUGAGUUUGACAUGCAUGGCCUCCUUACCAGGGACACAAGUGAGCUAGCAUAACUUCAAAAGUUGCUUUCAAAAAUGGUGCUGCAAGCAUCUUUGCCAUUCUCCUGCCAAGGCUGACAUUGAAAGAAAACUCAAAAUAUUGUUUGUCCCAUGCAAAUAAGGACUGGGGCAUUUUUCAAGACCGGAAGCUCCCAACGUUGCAGUUUAUGAGAACAGGAAGAGAUUGCACACCUUAGUCUGAAAUUAUCUAUAAAAGGAUUUUUAAACCAAGCUUGUAUGUGUACAAUAAAU